CAUUCAAUUAAAACCACACACCCAGACUGAUCAACUUCAUCACUGAGCAGCAAUGUGACAUUACCAGACAAGCCCAAAGGCCCCGCCAAAAACCUCAUUCCGAAAAUCGAAACGAAAACCAAAAUGGCAAUGGCUCUCUUCAGGAUCACCAUUCUUUCUCCUUUUAUCUCAUCGUCUUCUCUGAUCGGCAACAGAAGAAUCUCUUCCUCUCCAUCUCGUAUUCUCUGUUGCUCGAAACUUCCUUCAAACAGGAUAGACGAUAGUAAUGAUGCUAACAGUAAUGAAGAUAAGAGCAGGGCGAAGAGAAUUUCACAGCAGUCCUCUUGGGAAGCUAAGGACUCUCAGGGAAGGGAUUAUCUCUAUAGGCUCGGACCCGAGGCUGACAACAUGAAUAUUGCUGUUGGAGCUCGUUCCGGUGUCAUUGAUGACCUCUUCGCUGGCAACUUUCUCGGCAGAGACUCUGAUAUCGUGUUUGAUUAUCGUCAGAAAGUGACGAGGUCAUUUGAAUAUCUCCAAGGUGAUUAUUACAUCGCGCCGCUAUUCAUGAAAAUAAUCAAGGAGUUUAGAGAGAAGGUGAAAGAAGAAGAGAAAGAGAAGGAAGCCCGUCAAGCCACAGAGACAAAACAAUUAGCUGCAUAAGGGAUUAAUAUUGCAGCGGAGGUUGAGCUAGCAAUUCCAAUUUCUUUCAGGAGACCAGAUAGAGAUGUCCACUCUUUUGAAUCAACUCAAAUGUACACUCCGGAGCAUUUCAUUCAACACAAUACUAAUCGCGGCUAUAUGAUCCAGCAAAGAACUGAAGGCUGGACGGUUGAGAAAUAACAGUGUGAUACUAAAAGAUAUGAUAUAUACUAUAUUCAUAGGGAAUCUCAGGGAUCGUUUCGAUCAGUCAUCGAGGUGAUUGAUUUUAUACUCAAUGAAAUCUAUUCAAAUAAACCCACUCCGAAGCCAAAAAAGAAGAAUACGGAAGAAGAGAGUAGUUUUAUAGUACUACUGGGAGAAA